ACUUGAGCGACUUGGGGAUUUUCGGUUGAUCGCAAGUUGACGAUGCAUGGUGUAAGCUCUCUGGUGUAUCGUCGACUGCUUCUGUAGCACCCGUGAAAACUGAAACUAUUUGGAUCAACAAUUUAUCUUAAUUUCGGAGGAAUUAUGUCGACCGUGACAAACCUGUUAUUAGGAGGUGUUCGGCAUUACGCAAGAAGAUAUGCACCAAAAUAUAAGGAUGAUUCAGGUGUAAGAUACGGGUUGAUAACAUACUUUCCCAAAACUCCAAAUCAUGUCGACCCUCCAAUAGAACCUACAAAAUUAUUCAUGGUUCAACGAAUUAAGAAACUCUCAGGAACACCCUGGUGGGAAAAGGAAGUAAUGAGUCAGUUACAUCUCGAUGGCAAGAAAAGUGAGGUAGCCAUUGUAAAGAACACACCAGAAACGAAUGUUUUACUAUGGCAAGUGAAACAUUUGAUCAAAGUCACGCCAAUAAAGUGUCCUGAUGGCAUACCGAAAACCGCGAGCUUAAAUGGAUCCUACCUACAUGAAAAUGGCACUUUUAUGGUUAACCGUAAAGUGACAAUUGACCAAAAGCGAAUAGAUGCUAUAGAUGAAUAUAAAAAAGAUUGGAAGAAGCUGGACAGCGAAACCUUACGCAAGGAUUUGAGGCUCAAAUGGGUCAAUCCACUCUAGAUUAACUGUAACAAAUAUGUUUAAUUGUAUAUGGUGAUUAAGAAAGUCUAAGCACCUUCUCAUAAAAAAUGAAUAGUCUAUUAAUUGAUA